AUGGCAUCGCCAAGCCAACGUUUCAAUUCCACUUUAGAUGACAAACGGCAAGUGAACUUUCGAAAGAAGCUUCUGAUUAUUAACUUGGCCCUGGGGGAUGGAGACGUGGUGCUUGAGUUUCUCUGCCAAGACUACAUCACCCCCAGAAAACUGGAAACGUGCAGCAGAGCCUUGGAUAUUUUCGAGUGCCUCUGCAGGGAGCUGCUGAGUGCGGAAGACCCCUUCUUCCUAGCGGAGCUCCUCUACGCCAUUCAGCAUGAGGUCCUGCUGCAGCGCGUCGGCUGCACCAAGGAGCAGGUGCAGAGCUGGCUGCACGCCCGCGGCAGGGCCUCCCACUUCAGAAACCUUCUCUACAAACUGUCAGAAGGCAUCACCUCAGAGGACCUAAAGAGCAUGAUCUUCCUUCUGAGGGGGUCAGUUCCAAAUGUCCAGAUGACCUCUAGAAGUUUCUUGACAUAUCUGGAGAAAAAAGCUAAAAUAGGUGAAGAUAAUGUGACAUUACUGGAGAAUCUCUGCCAACAUAUUGUGCCAAAGCUUAUGGAAGAGUUAGAUAAAUACAAAAGAGAGACCUCUAUCAUCCUCACGUCCCUCACGCUCAUGUGA